AUGAAUAAUCCGAGCAAAUCAACAUGCUUAUCCAGCGAUCUGAACAACUUUAUUUACGGCGUUUCACGAAGAAAUUUUCAAAACUCACCAGAGUUGACAAAAGUUGCAUUAUCUUUGUUAAAAACUUUUCCAGCAGCUAGAGAUGCUGUGUUAGAGUACUUCGCGAUGGUUUUUCAUGAUGCUGUUAAUAUAGCGGUCAAUCCUUCGGACUAUGAUGUAGACUCAAGUACAAAUGGUUCAUUGGAAGCUGUCAGCAUGAUUGGUCCAGAGCUCUGUGGCCUUGGUGAAGCAUGGGCACCCUUUAUAGCUCCAUGGUGUAUAAAAUUGAUAAUGGAUAUAGCAAUAGACAAAGCUAAUUUGCCAAAUGCAACUCUUCAAAACAUAGAUCCAGUAAGAGUUCUGCUUGACAUUACCACUCAAAAUUUAAUGCUGCUCAAUGCUGAAGAAAGGGCAAAAUGCAUUGAUAUGAUGUUAGGAUGUCGUGCCUGCUCAUGGGCGGUAGGUUGGGUUGGUAGAGCAGAGCCAGCUUUGGUAGCUCCAAGAGCCCUUGCCCUAGGGGCUGAUGCGGCUCGUGCAGUCCUAGCCCAUUUAGCCAAUCACCCACCGGCAUUGCUCCAUGUCCGUAGAGCACUUGUGAAUUUGUUCCAGGAAGCUAUUGAUGAAGACCUAAAGUCUGAUAAGAAACGAGAUGUUAUUCCAUAUUUGCUAAAUCUAGCAUCAAAAUCUGAUAUUGUACUGAAAGCGUUAAUCCAAGACAUUGAAGCUACUUUGACAGACGAAGUAAUGGAUCGCCUGAACGUUAUAUGCUCUAUGUAUAGACACAGUGGUUCGUGGGAAGGGGUCGGUCCGGCUUCCCUAGUGACUUUGUUGUUACGCUCUGAUGUCCACUGUUUCCUAUUAUUGCUUAAACAGGCACAGAAAAAUCUCUUUUCUCGACAGUUGCUUGAGUAUUUAUUACAAAAGUUAGAAAAUGAAGUGAUGUUCCCGGAUCGGAGUGUACCGCUUUUGAUAAGUACGGGGGAGGAAAUAAAUAUUGUAAGAGAAAAGUUAUUGGAUGGAAAUCAGCUGGAGCAGUAUUCUAUAGCGCGAAUAUUGAUACUAGUAUGUUACAACCAGCCGUCAGAAUUCAUUAGUACAAUCGCCUAUCUCCUACAAUAUUCAAAAACUGAUGCUACCCUGGCAUUAUUAGUGCGUAUUAUAUCUGGUACGAUUACGAUGCAUACACCUAACGACUCGACCGAUAUUAAUAUGGACACGGAGAGAUAUCAGAAUUUCAUUAAAUCGGGAAUCGAGUAUGCGUUGAGGGAUGCUGUGCUGUCAGAUCAGCAGAUUAAAAGGUGUUUCAUAGAGGAUAGAGUGCCAGAGGGACAGGACACAUACAUGCAUCAGUUUUGUUUGAAUAUCGUUAAAUUGUUAAGAUGGGAAAAUUCAAAUCGUGUAUCAGCGUUGCGCACGCGCAGUAUAUGUCGGGCAGUGGAAGGAAAUUUGUAUCGAAUUGGAGCUGCGCUACAACGAUAUUCGUGUAUACUCCAACCACGAAUGGAAUGUACUGUCACCGCGUUACCAGAAAUGCCUACUUGUCAUGCGCUUGCGCAGGUCCUGGAUAGAGUUGACAUGUCUGGUACAAAGUCACCUCCACCCAGUGUUGAGGUCAUACUGAAGGUUGUUCAAGCCGUUGUUAAAUAUUUCUUUAGGUGUUUGCACGAAGAGGACAUUAUGGCGAAACUCCGCGGCGUCCAAACGGCGAGUAGGCUUCUUCGGAAAUUAUGCCUACACAGCAAAUUGGCCAGAGCCGUGGCGUUGAGAGAUUUACUUGAGACCGCAAUGUUUAGAGAAGACAAGAUUUUCGGGAGUAAACCAGUGAUACCAAAUCUUCUAUCUGCAUCCAAGGAAUGGACCAAUGAUGAUUUGUUGAUUUAUAUGAAUCAGAAACAUGGCCCAAUAACACAACUCACCCAAAGCCAUACGUCCGUGUUCCACGCGGGCGUGAUCGGCUCGGGUGUGCGCAAACAUAGAGGCGGAGACGAUGGGAUCCCGCCAAUACUCACGACUAACAAUGAACUGCUGAUGGGGGCGCUUAUGUCUUGUAUGGAUGGCAAUAGUGGUAUAGUAGAGGGAGCCACUUCCGUAUCAUUAUUAUUAGUUGAAUUAGUGUCGCCAGAUGUUAUGUACAACGGUUUGCCUUGGCCCGAUGAAGACUUUACUAAGCAAGUAAGUAUAGAACGGGAACUAUACAUGCGCGGCGCAGUGGAGCGUUGCGCGGUUGCGCGGGCGGCUCUUAGACGAGUGGCCCUCGCUAGGCCUGCCCUUUGUCUUUCCUCGGCGCUUUUGAGGGCCUCUGCUGCUACGCUUUUACAUAGGUUGAGGGCACAUCUCGAUCGUCACACACAAUCCCCGGAACUUAGUCGGGAGCUAUCAGCUCUGACUGAACUGUUGAGUACGAUGACUUUGGGACAAUUGCUGCCACACCCAUUGUGUCAUAUACUCGAAUUGGCUCCAGAACUCACAGCCAACGAACUUGUCCAAGUAUUGCGGGACUGUUUAUGGAAUUACACAAGGGAUCAUGUCCCCUCACCUGCCUUAUUCACUUGCGACUCUACAGGACUACAUUGGCGCGAUCCGUCAACAUGCAAGCCUCCAACGACGUACACAGACUCAUUACGGAUCAUUUUACAAAAACGAAUAUCAACUUUGGGUCAUAUGUAUCCAAUAAUGUUUCUAAAUCUCGAUAAAGACUCGCAGUUAACCUAG